AGUACCACAGAAAUGUGAAAAACUUGAGAAGGAUAAAAAGAUGUUGGAAGAAGAAAUAUUAAAUCUUAAGACACAUAUGGAAAACAAUAUGGUAGAACUUAGUAAACUAGAAGAAUAUAGAUCAGAGCUAAAUGAAAGGGCAAUGCAGACAGUAGAAAAAUUAGAAGAAAUCCAUUUACAGAAACAAGCACAAUAUGAAAAACAAUUAGAGCAGUUAAACAAGGAUCAUAUGGCUUCACUAAAUAAGAAGAAACUCACAGUUAAAGAUGUGGAACGUAAAUUCUCCAAAAUGGAAACUGCUUAUGAAGAGGUUACAACUGAAUUAGAAGAAUAUAAGGAAGCCUUUGCAGUAGCUUUGAAAGCUAACAAUUCCAUGUUAAAAAAAUUAACGAAGGAUUGAAUAAGAAAAUAGCAAUGAUCAGCACUAAGCUCCUUACGGAGAAAGAGCAGGUGAAAUAUUUUCUCAGCACUCUUCCUACGAGGCCAGACCCAGAGUCACCUUGUGUUGAAAAUCUUAGUAGUAUAGGACGCAACAGAAAAUAUAUUGCCAAAAUGCCCAUAAGAAUUCCUACUUCAAACCCACAGACUUCAAAUAACUGCGAGAACUCCUUGACUGAGAUGGAGCCGGACUGUGUAGAACAAAUAAUUAGAGAAACAAAGAGAAGAAAAGUUCCCAAUUUUUCACCAUGAAAUAAAAACACCCACGUCAAUGUGAUUCUUGUCAAGUUACUCAGCCUCGUCUCUCGCCACUUACCACACUCUGCCCUUUGCUCCAGCACCAAACUGGAUGGACUGGAACUCCUCAGGGCUCUUCCUCACCUCAGGCUCUUUGCCUUCGCCUCUUCCCUCUAUCUGGCAAGCUUUUCGUUGUCCUUCAGCUAUUGCUGUGUUGGACACUUGCUCCCAUCUACUUUCUUCUCUAGAAUCCACUGCCCUGGAAUGGGUAAUUUUUCUUAUAAGCAGAGGUGGAGCCACUGAAGAAGCACAGGCGAGCCCUCCCCAGCACGCACUCACUAGUGCCGAACAGAACUGCUGCCGCAUCCACUGAGAGGAGGAGUGGGGCAGGAGUCACGGCCAGGUGGGCCCUCGGGCUGGGCGAUCUGCGCACCUGCGAUUCCGGGACAUCCCGGGCGAGCCCAGGAGAACCCGCAAGCCAGCGGCGCCUGCGACCGAGCUGCAGCCGCCCCCUGCAGGCCGCGCGCGCUUGGGAGCGGCUUCCGGAGUCCGGGCUGGCGCUGAGCUGUCGGCGCGCGCCUAACGGCUUCGCGGAGCUCACUCGUUCUGAGAGGUCGGAGGCUGCGAGUGUCGCUGCUGAAGGCUGUGGUGGACCGGGCUGGAUCGCGGAUUCUGAGCUACAUCGCGGGUUUGGUGGUGGAUUUUGGGUUUGGGGGUGGAUCGCGGGUUUGGGGGUGGAUACUGGAUUUGGGGGUGGAUCGCGGGUUGGGGGGGAUCGCGGAUUUGGAGCUUGGUGGGGGUGGAAAGGCCACGAAGAGCCGCGACGGCUCAGGAGCGGGUGGUGGGCGUCUGAGAAGUCGCCACCAUGAGGAAGCUCUUCAGCUUCGGGAGACGCCUGGGCCAGGCGCUCCUGAGCUCCAUGGACGAAGAGUACGCGGGUCGGGGGUACCACAUCGGGGACUGGGAACUGCGGAAGAUCCACAGGGCGGCCAUCAAGGGCGACGCCGCGGAGGUGGAGCGCUGCCUGACGCGCAGGUUCCGGGACUUGGACGCCCGCGACAGAAAGGACAGGACUGUUCUACAUUUGGCCUGUGCCCAUGGCCGUGUGGAAGUGGUCACCCUCUUGCUGAGCAGAGGAUGCCAGAUCGACAUCUGUGACAGACUAAGCAGGGCGCCUUUAAUGAAGGCUGUACACUGCCAGGAAGAGGCUUGUGCCAUUAUUCUCCUGGAACAUGGUGCCAAUCCAAACAUUAAGGAUAUCUACGGCAACACUGCUCUCCAUUAUGCUUUGUAUAAUGAGGGGACUUCACUGGCAGAAAAACUGCUUUCUCACCGUGCAAAUAUUGAAGCACUAAACGAGGGAAACACUCCACUUUUGCUUGCUGUAAUUCGUAGGAGACAGCAAAUGGUGGAAUUUUUGUUGAAGAACCAGGCAAAUGUACAUGCCGUUGACAAUUUCAGAAGAACAGCCCUCAUGCUUGCGGUACAGCAUAGCUCGUCAAGUAUCGUCAGCCUCCUCCUUCAACAAAAUAUAAAUAUCUUUUCUCAAGACAUGUUUGGCCAAACUGCCGAAGAUUAUGCUGUUUGUUGUGAUUUAAUAAGCAUUCAACAACAAAUUUUGGAACAUAAGAUACUUAAAAAUCGUCUUCAAAAUAACAAUCAAGAAACAGCAGCUAUGAAGCCUGCAAAUUUGAAAAAAAGAAAAGGUGCAAAAGAAUGUGACUUAAAAAUGACUUCAGAGGAAAGGCAAGAAACACUUGAAAGAAGUGAGAAUAAACAGCCACAGGAUCCUCAAAGUUAUGGAAAAAAGAAGGAUGUGAUGUAUGGAAAUUAUAUGUUGAAGAGGGACAUUGCCAAGAUUGUGUUGCAAGAUUGUGCCUGGAGCAGGUGGACCAGCCAUCAGCCUCACCCACUCAAGGAAGCAGGAGUGGCCAGAUUCCCACAGCCUGAGUGGCUGCCACCUGAUGGCUGAUGGAGCGGAGGCCUGAGGAAAAGCAGAUGGCACUGGGGCCCUACCUCCAGGGCAGAAUAACUGAUUUAUCCUGACUUGGCAGCAGGUGAGGUUGGUGGCUGGUCCACCUGCUCCUGGCACACCCUUGCAGAGGUGGCUGGUUGCUCUUUGAGCCAGCUUGGCCUUGCCUGGCAUGCACAGGCCUCAGUGCAACAGCUGUGCUACAAAUGGAGCUACAUAGAGGAAAUGAGCAGCAGGCUCAGGAGCAGGGUGUGUGCCGCCUUUGGGGCUCCAGUCUGUGCAUCAGGGCUCCUACAGCACUGUGGGCUUCUUGGGUGCCAAGAGGCAGACCACAGGCCAUCUUGAGGAGGACUCUAUGUUCAAGUGCAGAAAGGGCCCAAUCUGGUGGAUGAACCACACGGCCAGCUUCUGGGUGCAGGCACAGUGCCACAUCUUCCAUCACUUCCUGAUGUGCCCCACCAGUGCUGAAAAGACAGCCUGGAGACAGGGCAAGAGGAAGGCUGAGAAGGAUGAGGUGGUGAGUUCCAGCUUCUUCCUGACCCUGAGCCCACCCCUAGGGUGGCCCCCAACCUUUAGGAGUGGGAGAGCAAAAUUGAUGACUUCGAGUGCUUCAUCCAGAAGAUGGACAACAGGGCACUCAGCUCAAAUUCACAGCCAAUGAGUUGACAUGCAAGUUGAUCAUGGUCACAGGCUUUAAGAAAGAGCAUCAGAAGGCAGCCAGUUCUUCUUCUGCCUCAGCCAGGCCUUGGAGCUGGAACAGGCCAUCACUUCACCAGAGAUGCCUUCAACACCAUCGGUGAGCUCUUUGCCAAUGAGCCCAGCCAGGAACUGGACCCAGUCAUGGCCCUCUUAGUGCUGUCUCAGGGACACUAGACCAACAUCCUGGACAUCAUCCACAUACACAAGGAAGCUCUUACCAAAGUCAUGGAGAGUAGGCAACAUGUGGCAGAAGGGAAGACAGAGGUGCAGAGGCUGAUAACGUCAGAAUCACAGGAACAGGAUUUUUUGGGACACUAUGGCUGAAAUUCACCACUUCCAUCCAAUUUGAGUGAGAGACAUGAACUCACAGAUACAGGAUUUCUUGCAACAAGAGAUACUGUUUUUUCAAAAAGUCACCCAGGAAUUGAUAGUGUUGAAUGACUAGAUACUCCACUGUGGACUGUUUCCAGUUCAAGGAUACUUUCUACAGCAGAAUAAUAACACUAGCAAAGAGCUAGUGCCAGCUAUUGGUGGUAGGACAAGGAUGGUUUUGUUCUCAACUGAAACACAGCUGAAUGUAGAAUUGUGUAGGAAACAGUUAAUAUGGUGAUAGAAUAGAAAGAGUAGCAAACAUGAAGUAAACCAUGCUAUGAAUGCCUACACUACCAUUGUAACUUUUGGAAGAAUGAUGCCACUUAUUUUAUUGCUUUUUGAAGGAUGAAUAUUUUAGUAUAUAUGCUGUAGACCUCAAACCCUGUGAAGAGUCUCAAAGAAGCUGGCUGGAUAAAGCCUGCUGUGGAUGUCUUUAUAUUCCAAGAUCGGUGAUGCAGUUUGAAUAUGCGUCCCCACCAAAUCUCAUGUUGAAUUAUAUUUCCUGAUGUUGAAGGUGGAUCCUGGUCUAAGGUGAUUGAAUCCUGAAGGCAAAUUUCUCAUGAAUGGUUUAGCACCAUCCUCUUGCUACUGUCCUCACGAUCAUGAGUGACUUCUCAUGAGAUCUGGUCAUUGAAAACUCUAUGUCACCUCCCUACUCUGCGUGUUUUCCUCUUGCCAUGUGAGACAACUCUGUCUUUCUUCACCUUGUCCGAAGAUUGAAAGAUCUCUGAGGUCUCCCAGAAGCAGAAGCCACUGUGCUUCCUGUCCACCCUGCAGAACCAUGAGCCAAUUAAACCUUUUUCAAAAUGAAUCAUACAGAAAAUGGCAAAUGAGGACUGGAGCAUUGCUAUAAAGAUACCUGAAAGUGUGGAAGCAGCUUUGGAACUAGGUAAUGGACAGAGGUUGGAAGAGUUUGGAGGGCUCAAAAGAAGACAGAUAGAUGAGAAAAUGUUGGACCAUCUUAGACUGGUUAAAUGGUUGUGACAAAAAUCCUGACAGAAACAUGGACAGUGAAGGCCAGGCUGAGGAGGCCUCAGAUAGAAGCUGUGAUAAAGAUAGCUGAAAAUGUAAAAGCAGGUUCAGAAGUGGCUAACAGCCAGAGGGUGGAGAGUUUGGAGGACUUGGAAGAAGAC